UGCGUGUGUGUGUGCGUGCGCGCUCGGUUGUAAGGGUGGUGCCUGUAAACUUUACGGUUCUCUCCCCGGUUCAGUCAGGUAUCGCUGCUGGAAUGUUCUAACCUAGCAAAAAGUCUGUUUUGUGAUUGAUUAUCAGGUAUUUUGAACAGUUGUGGGGUUUUAUAUUGAGUUUCUGUUGAUUAAUUCGGGCAGCGUGUGAAGACUCGGAUUAUCCGGUUGUUAGUUAGCAGUGUGGCUAAUCAGUAAUUAGCCUGUUAGCUCUGUGCAAAGCCACGCUCGGUUCUAUAGGAGAAACGCCCGGAUGCAGGCCAUAAAGUGUGUGGUGGUGGGAGACGGGGCUGUUGGUAAAACAUGCCUUCUGAUCAGCUACACCACCAAUGCAUUUCCUGGAGAAUACAUCCCCACAGUGUUCGAUAACUAUUCUGCAAAUGUUAUGGUGGAUGGCAAACCAGUCAAUCUGGGUUUGUGGGAUACAGCAGGACAGGAAGACUACGACAGACUCCGUCCUCUCUCCUACCCUCAGACAGAUGUGUUUCUGAUCUGCUUUUCCCUUGUGAGUCCUGCAUCAUUUGAAAAUGUUCGUGCAAAGUGGUACCCAGAAGUGAGACACCACUGUCCCAACACUCCAAUCAUCCUGGUGGGAACCAAGCUGGAUCUAAGGGACGAUAAGGACACCAUUGAAAAGCUGAAGGAGAAGAAGCUUACGCCAAUCACUUACCCUCAGGGCCUGGCCAUGGCCAAAGAAAUAGGAGCUGUCAAAUAUCUGGAAUGCUCGGCUCUAACACAGCGUGGUCUGAAGACAGUGUUCGAUGAGGCUAUCCGAGCUGUCCUCUGCCCUCCCCCUGUGAAGAAGAGGAAGAGAAAAUGCUCCUUGCUGUAGAUGCCGAGCAGAGCCUUGCUGUAUUUUGAAGACGAGGGUUGAGACUGUACUCGUCCUCAUUUCUUUGUUCUUUGCCUACCAGUAAUUUUUUUUCAUCUUCAGACAGCUGAACCUGAUUUGUAGAUGUAGAACGGGACAGAUGGACCUCAAAUCCGUGUUCCUUUUCACAUACCUAUAAGAGUUAAUGCAGCCUUGAAACGUUUUUUUUGUUGUUGUUGUAACAUUAAGUUCCUUACUGUUCACUUUAGGAGCUAGAUGGUUUAUGUUCAAUGGAAUGACUGUAUUGCCAAACACAAUACACACAGCAAACACUACCAACUUCUGUUGAAUUUACUAGACUUGAAAGAUGACUCUUUAAAUAAUAUUUAGUCUCUGUAAGACCUGACACUAGAGAAAAAGGUUAUGUAUUUGUAUUACUGUCUGUUUCGCACAUUUCAUACUGUAAAUCAUAAGGCUUUGAUUAGUGCUAGCAUAGCUUCAGUGUUCAAGUGCUUUAUAUAGGCACAAAUAUACCUCUAUACUUCAACUAAUUCUUUCUAGUAAAUCCAAACAAAAUCUUUAACUAGCUACUGUAUAAACAAUUCUGUUUUUAGUUAUGAGCCUUUAUGUAUAGCAAAUGACAUUAUUUUAGGCAAAAUACUUUAACCAUUUUGGUGGAUUCAUAAUACUCAUAAAAUUGUGUAUUUUGAUGACAUUCAGUAAGAUCACUGUGGAUUUCUUUUAGUCACAAAAGGCAACACUACUGUCUGAUCACUUUUUUUUUAAUAUUGUAUUUUCACUAUAGCCAACCAUAUUUUACUAAAGUUUACUUUAACAUUAAACUCUCCUGUCCAAGUGAUUUUUUUCUUAAUCAAGUCGGUGUCCUGCCUAACGACAUUAAAGUCUCAUUUGCUUUUUUCCUUGAAUGACUGUCCCACAACACAAGAAUGUACAUGUGAUGUUGCUGUUUGUAGUUAGUCAACAUUGUAACCUUCUUUAGAAUAAAUAAUCUCAUUCACUUGUUUUA